AUGCACCAUGAUCCUUGCACCUGGCUCCAGCUCCCCUAUGCCUUCAUGAGGGAGAUGGCAGGGCGCGAGCCGCUGGGCUUGUGGCUGCAGCCAGAUGGCUGCUGCAAUGGCUCCUCCUGGGUGGCGACAGAGUUCACCUCCUCCGGCUUCAUGUUCCUGAAGCGAGGGUGGAAGUCGUUCGCCCUCGCUCCCGGCUUGAAGGAGGGGCACAUCGUCCACUUCAAGUACGACAGGGCCGCCACGCUCUUCAUGAAGAUCUUUGGGGUCGCCGGCUACUGCCACCUGGACUGUUGCAUGGAGAGUGACAACAGCGGCUCCUCCAGCGAUGGCAGCGGCACCUCCUCUGAGGGACGCGGAAGCGAUGAUGAUUUCGGUGACUCCCCGCGCCCCCGCAUCGAGGAGGACUCCGACUAG